GAACGGAAAAAUGCUGUUUGAAAGUAUGUCUGCCAAAAUGUAUCCCUACAAUGUGCCUCCACCGCUACAAGGCCCAACGGCGGUUCCCGUACCGAACAUAAGAUUGCACGGAGCCACUUUUGGUGCCGGAACGCUGGACCCAAAUGGACUGUUGGACACACACGAGCUUCAUCACACUACGCUGGUGCCACUGAAACCUACUCUGCUCACUACUCAGGCAGCCGCCGUAGCCGCUAGCCAACAGCAACAAAUCAAGAGAGAACAGUCGCAAACAUCACAGCAGCAGCCGCAGGUACUUUCACCGCAGCAGCAACCACAACCGAACCCAGCCCAGCAGCAACAGAUUCAACAACAGAUCCAGCAGCAACAGGUACAGGCACAGGUUCAGCAACAGCAGCAGCAACAACAAGCACAACAGCAACAGCAGGCACAGCAGCAGGCUCAGCAACAGCAGCAGCAGGUGCAGGUGCAACAACAGCAGCAGGUGAAUGGAGCUAGCGCUAACGGUUGCUCCAAGGGAGGUAACGCCAGCAAUGGCAGCUCAUCCGGUCGAUCGACACCGAACAACGGUAGCGAUCCGGCACCGGGGAAACUGUUUGUCGGUGGGCUGAGCUGGCAAACGUCGUCCGAGAAGCUGAGCGAAUACUUCGGUAUGUUCGGCACCGUUACGGACGUUCUCAUCAUGAAAGAUCCGGUCACACAGCGAAGCCGUGGUUUUGGGUUCAUCACAUUCCAGGAACCGAACAGUGUUGACAAGGUGCUCCAGGUACCGAUCCACACGCUCGAUGGUAAGAAGAUUGAUCCGAAACACGCCACACCCAAGAACCGCCCGAAGACGCAGUCGAACAAAACGAAGAAAAUUUUCGUCGGCGGUGUCAGCCAGGACACGUCCGCCGAAGAGGUGAAGACAUACUUCAGCCAGUUUGGCAAGGUGGAGGAAACGGUAAUGCUGAUGGACCAGCAGACGAAACGUCACCGUGGGUUCGGUUUUGUGACGUUCGAGAAUGAGGAUGUGGUCGAUCGGGUGUGCGAAAUUCACUUCCACACCAUCAAGAACAAGAAGGUGGAGUGCAAGAAGGCUCAGCCAAAGGAGGCGGUUGCACCGACCGCACAGCAGCUGCUGCAGAAGCGUAUCAUACUGGGCAACUUGGGUGUACCGAUGGCAGCUGCUGCACCGAAUUCGGCCGCCGCGGCACGUUUGGUGGGGGCGGCCCAGGCCGGCGGUAAUCCGGGACUGGUGAAUCCGCUCGCCACCAAUCAGCUGAUGGUGCAAGCGCAAGCUCAAGCUGCACAGGCUGCUGCCGCAGCCGCUGCCAUGCAAGUACAAAAUGGUUUCGGCAAAGUCUUCACUACAUAUCCACCGACACUGCAUAGCUUUAGAUACUCGCCAUACUCCAUUCCAUCGGCAGCUGCCGCCGCCGCGAAUGCAGCCGCCGCUGUAAACCCACUGUCGGGCGUUGCCGCUAACCAGGCCGCCCAAGGUCAGCCGCAGCAGGUACCGCAUCCGACGUCUGUCGCCGGAGCCACCGUAGCCACGCAAGCUGCUCCACAGCAGACGAGCCAACAGGCCGCCGCCGCCGCACAGAUGGCUGCCGCCGGGCUGACGAACCCUUACCAGGGCUACAGCCUAGCCAAUGUCGAUAUGUCGAGCUUCCAGGGCGUCGACUGGGGCUCGCUGUACGGCAUGGGAAUAUUGUAUCCUGAAAGCCACUGUUGAGAUCUGCGUCCUC